UUUGUCAAUUUGUACUCAGUUUAAUAAUAAAUUCUCAUCUUUAAUAACAUUUACGGAGAAACGCUAAAAAUGUUUAAUAACACAAAGAAUGUUGUUAUUUCUACAAGUCGCAUUGGUGCAAUAAAUCCAUUAUGCUAUACAAAAAGUAUAAAUGACGUUUUAAGUCUUUCCGGGCUAAAGCCGUUGCAUACAACUGCUGUACGCUUGAAUAAAGCACGAAUCGCUACAUUGCCUUUGCCUAAUAACAUAGAUCCGGCCGAGACUACCCGUUUCUCACCAAAUCGUACAAGGGAUAUAACUGGUCCUGUGAUACUAUCACAACAAGCUCAAUCCGUUUUAUCAAACAUAGACAUAACUGCAGAUAACACAAACACAUCGAAUGUUGGCUAUGGAUUACAAGAUCCUCAUAUCCAAUCUUAUGAUUGCUUCGGUGCUGUUAGCCUAAAUGCGGUGAUGCAAAGUAAUGUGCCAAAUCCAUAUGGUGGAAUGCAUAAAUUUUCGCAUUUAAAUAUGCCGGGCGGUCAGUGGUCGCAGGAGGGAAAAUUCAUGUCCAAUAACUUACAUAAUUCCCAUUAUACGAAUUUGCGUAAGGAUGUGCGUUCCGACUGGUUGACUUAUGAUCAGGAUUUUAACAUCAAUAACAAAGCAACAGCUAACAUUACAACGAGCACACUUUCACUUCUUAAAUUAACGCCAAGACAGGCAGACAAACGUUACUAUAGUACGAAAGGUGAGGGCGAUAGUUCACCGAUUGUGCUGAGUAAAAAGGAGCAGCUUAAAAAGGCAUUUAAAGACUAUGGAUCCACUGUUGUAGUAUUUCAUGUAGCUAUAUCACUGGCAUCGCUUGGCUGCUGUUAUUUAUUAGUUUCUGGAGGAAUAGAUGUUGUGCCAAUACUGGAGCGCCUGGGUUUUGCAUCGUCAGCGCUUACAAAUAAAGUUACUACAGGUGCAAGCACUUUUGUUAUUGCCUAUGCUAUACACAAAGUAUUUGCACCCGUUCGCAUAAGCAUUACAUUGGGUGCCACUCCAUUUAUUGUACGAUUCAUGCGUUCGAGAGGUUAUAUGAAGCCACCAAAAAUAUAAAAUACAAACGAUUUUUUUAUAAUACUAACACAUUAACACUCAUACAUACAUACAGUUAUGUGAAAAAUAUCAGUGAAGACAGUGAACUGCAAUUAAUGAAGUUUAUGUGCAUCCAUAAAAGUGAGGUAAUCAAAGGCAGUGAUACUAAGCAAAUUUAUUGUCAACUAAUUUUAUUUUACACAUAACUGUAUGUACGAUAUCUAGUAUAAUAUUAUGCUCAAAGCAAACAAAUUAUAUAUACAUACAACAUAUCUAAUAUAUUUACACUUUUCAUUAUUUUUGUUGAAGCAUACCAAUUAAAAAAAUAAUAAAAUUGCCUUAUUUGCAUAACUAAUAAAGUAUAUAAAA